UGUUAUCAGAAGAUAAGUGUUGAUGGUGGGAGGUGAUUGUCUCUCUCCAGCCAGUCUGUCAGUCUGUCAGUCUGGUGCACCAGGAGCUGCGCAGUUUCUCCCCGUGUUUCCCCUGUUUUCGAUUCUUCUUUGCCUGUUCGUCAGCGUGAGGAUGCCUCUCUACAAAGGUACACUGGAGGUGGAAGGAGCACUAGUGGACGACCCUGUCAUUCACAUCUUCGACUACAGUCCCUCAGACCAUCUCAAUGACACGUGCAGAUCCACCUCCCGAAAACAGCUGUUGGCGGUUGACUCCUGUAUCUACAUACGCCGCUGUAACUUAGUGAGGAUCAAGGCUCGUGAGGCCGCCAGAGAGGCGAGAGGCGGAACCCGAACUUCAGAACGUGACUCGAAGACUUCAAAAAGUAAAGCAAGAACAUCAGAGAGUGAAGCAAAGGGUUCGAAAGGGAAGACACGAACGUCUGAAAGUGAAGCAAAGGCUUCGAAAGGGAAGACACGAACGUCUGAAAGUGAAGCAAAGGCUUCGAAAGGGAAGACACGAACGUCUGAAAGUGAAGCAAAGGCUUCGAAAGGGAAGACACGAACGUCUGAAAGUGAAGCAAAGGCUUCGAAAGGGAAGACACGAACGUCUGAAAGUGAAGCAAAGGCUUCGAAAGGGAAGACACGAACGUCUGAAAGUGAAGCAAAGGCUUCGAAAGGGAAGACACGAACGUCUGAAAGUGAAGCAAAGGCUUCGAAAGGUAAGACACGAACGUCUGAAAGUGAAACAAAGGCUUCAAAAGGGAAGACACGAACGUCUGAAAGUGAAACAAAGGCUUCAAAAGGGAAGACACGAACGUCUGAAAGUGAAACAAAGGCUUCAAGAGGGAAGACUCGAACCUUUGAAAGCGAUUCUAAGACGUCGAGAAAUGGGACACGAACAUCAGAGUGUGAAAGAAAAGUUGCAGGAGAUAAAGGAAAUAUUUCAGAGAGCGAAUCGAAGCCCUCAAAAAUUGGAAUCAGAACAUCUGAGAGUGAAUCAAAGGCUUCAAAAAGUUAUAGUAAGACCAGAACCUCUGAAAGUGAUUCGAAGCCCAAAAGAAAUAGGAUCAGAACCUCUGAAAGUGCUGGUAUGGCUAGAACUUCUGAAAGUGAUCCGAAACCCUCAAGAUAUGGGAUCAGAACCUCUGAGAGCGAAUCAAAGUUUUCAAGAGAUGGCGCUAAGAAACAAAAGCUCAAGUCUACGUCUUCCGACGAUAGGAUCAGGAUGUCAGAAAGAGAAUCAAAGGCCACUGAGGGUGGAGUCGAAGCCUCAAAGAGCGAAAUCAAAGCAUCAGCUAGCGAAUCAAAUGCUAUAGAGAGCAUUGUCAGAGCAUCAGUCAGCGUAUCAGAAGCCACAGAGAGUGGAACAAUAGCAUCAGAGGCCACAGAGUGUGGAACAAAAGCAUCAGAAGCCACAGAGAGUGGAACAAUAGCAUCAGAAGCCACAGAGAGUGGAACAAUAGCAUCAGAAGCCACAGAGAGUGGAACAAUAGCAUCAGAGGCCACAGAGAGUGGAACAAUAGCAUCAGAAGCCACAGAGUAUGGAACAAUAGCAUUAGAAGCCACAGAGAGUGGAACAAUAGCAUCAGAGGCCACAGAGAGUGGAACAAUAGCAUCAGAGGCCACAGAGAGUGGAACAAUAGCAUCAGAGGCCACAGAGAGUGGAACAAUAGCAUCAGAGGCCACAGAGAGUGGAACAAUAGCAUCAGAAGCCACAGAGAGUGGAACAAUAGCAUCAGAGGCCACAGAGAGUAGAACAAUAGCAUCAGAAGCCACAGAGAGUGGAACAAUAGCAUCAGAAGCCACAGAGAGUGGAACAAUAGCAUCAGAGGCCACAGAGAGUAGAACAAUAGCAUCAGAAGCCACAGAGAGUGGAACAAUAGCAUUAGAAGCCACAGAGAGUGGAACAAUAGCAUCAGAGGCCACAGAGAGUGAAACAACAGCAUCAGAGGCCACAGAGAGUGGAACAAUAGCAUCAGAGGCCACAGAGAGUGGAACAAUAGCAUCAGAGGCCACAGAGAGUGGAACAAUAGCAUCAGAGGCCACAGAGAGUGGAACAAUAGCAUCAGAGGCCACAGAGAGUGGAACAAUAGCAUCAGAGGCCACAGAGAGUGGAACAAUAGCAUCAGAGGCCACAGAGAGUGGAACAAUAGCAUCAGAAGCCACAGAGAAUGGAACAAUAGCAUCAGAAGCCACAGAGAGUGAAACAAUAGCAUCAGAAGCCACAGAGAGUGGAACAAUAGCAUCAGAAGCCACAGAGAGUGGAACAAUAGCAUCAGAGGCCACAGAGAGUAGAACAAUAGCAUCAGAAGCCACAGAGAGUGGAACAAUAGCAUUAGAAGCCACAGAGAGUGGAACAAUAGCAUCAGAGGCCACAGAGAGUGAAACAACAGCAUCAGAGGCCACAGAGAGUGGAACAAUAGCAUCAGAGGCCACAGAGAGUGGAACAAUAGCAUCAGAGGCCACAGAGAGUGGAACAAUAGCAUCAGAGGCCACAGAGAGUGGAACAAUAGCAUCAGAGGCCACAGAGAGUGGAACAAUAGCAUCAGAGGCCACAGAGAGUGGAACAAUAGCAUCAGAGGCCACAGAGAGUGGAACAAUAGCAUCAGAAGCCACAGAGAAUGGAACAAUAGCAUCAGAAGCCACAGAGAGUGAAACAAUAGCAUCAGAAGCCACAGAGAGUGGAACAAUAGCAUCAGAAGCCACAGAGAGUGGAACAAUAGCAUCAGCUGCCACAGAGAGUGGAACAAUAGCAUCAGAAGUCACAGAGAGUGGAACAAUAAUAUCAAAAGCCACAGAGAGUGGAACAAUAACAUCAGAAGCCACAGAGAGUGGAAUAAUAAUAUCAGAAGCCACAGAGAGUGGAUCAAUAGCACCAAAAGCCACAGAGAACGGAACAAUAGCAUCAGAAGCCACAGAGAACGGAACAAUAGCAUCAGAAGCCACAGAAAGUGGAACAAUAACAUCAGAAGCCACAGAGAGUGGAACAAUAACAUCAGAAGCCACAGAGAGUGGAACAAUAAUAUCAGAAGUCACAGAGAGUGGAACAAGAGCACCAAAAGCCACAGAGAGUGGAACAAUAGCAUCAGCUGCCACAGAGAGUGGAACAAUAGCAUCAGAAGCCACAGAGAGUGAAACAAUAGCAUCAGAAGCCAGAGAGAGUGGAACGGUAACAUCAGAAGCUACAGAGAGUGGAACAAUAGCAUCAGAGAGCAAGUUCAGACCUUCAGAGCGUGGUGAUAUUACGUCAGAACUUCAGUCAAAGACUCUGAAGGAAACAGCCAUAACCCAGAAAAUCGAACCAGAAAGAAAAAAUAAGGAAGGACAGGAGACGGCAAGAAUCAGCAGCAAAGGAAGCAGCGAGAAGGAAGACUGUGUGGGAGGGGAUGUCUCAGCAGCUACUACCAGUGAGGACAAGAAGACAGCGAGUACGAGAGGUACCCAUGACAGUGCCCAGAAACGAGGAGGAAAGUUCACCUUGGAAGAAGGGUAUGAGUUCAAGGGUUAUAUCUUGAAGUGCCCGAACGGUCCCUAUGACUACGCGAUCAAGCUCUGGGAUGAAGGAAGGGAGGCGCCCGAAGAGCUUGAGAACUACCCCUUGGAGGAGGAGGAGGUGCCAGGACUGGUGGUGGACAGGAACGGUGACUACCUCACUGUAGCUUGUGGCUCUAACAUCGCCUACGCCACGAGACAAAGCUUUCUCUCAGCUGGUGUUAACCCAGACCUCUUGGUACUGCCCUUCAGUCGUCUCCGUGUGUCGCUGACCAGGGCACUCACCCGCCCUCAGGAAGUGCCCGCUGCUGCCUGGGUGGCUCACCCUACGCAGAUCCUCAUCCUAGCUCACCCACCCACUCACCAGAGCCACCCACAGUAAUACUGUGGGGGACUGUGUGUGGGAGUGAUCGCCAAUCUACAUACUCAGUGAGAUCACAGGAGUAACUUGAAGGCCUCUCUCUCUCUCUCUCUCUCUCUCUCUCUCUCUCUCUCUCUCUCUCUCUCUCUCUCUCUCUCUCUCUCUCUCUCUCUCUCUCUCUUUCUCUCUCUCUCUCUCUCUCUCUCUCUCUCUCUCUCUCUCCUUCUCUCUC